GGGUGCGUCAGGCACACUCAGGCAAACACGGUGCGUAAACACGCCCGGGGGUUCAGCAAUCCGCGUUCCGCCGCGGUCCGCUCGGGUAUUCACCCUGCAGGGACCCUGCCGGCAGAGCAGACUCACGGCCCUCGAAGAUGGACGUCAGUGCCGUGAACUCCCUCUCCUUUGAGGAGUUUGUGGAGAUUUUUGGAAACGUGGUGGAGAAAUGUCCACUUGUGGCGGCUGCGGUUUGGUCGCAGAGGCCGUUCACUUCUCUCGGCGACAUCGAGGCCGCGAUCGCUGACUUUAUCGACGGCCUGUCUGACUCAGGUAAAGAAGGGAUCCUGAGGUGUCACCCAGACUUGGCGGGGCGGGACGUCCAGAGGGGGACGUUGACCCCUGAAUCUCAGGCAGAGCAGAGCCAAGCUGGUCUAACGCAGCUGGAACCGGAGGAGCUAGCGCAGAUCGGCGCUCUCAACGCACAGUACAAGCAGCGUUUUGGCUUCCCCUUCGUCAUCUGUGCCCGCAUGAACGACAGACCCGCCAUUUUGGCUCAGCUCAGCCAGCGUCUCGGCAACAAACCUGCCCACGAGCUCCCAGGCGCCAUCCAGGAGGUUAAGAGGAUCUGUAACCUGCGACUGCAGGCCCUCGUGCGCCCCAUCCUACCUGCCCCGGCCCAGCUCAGUUCCACCCCGCCCAAACUGUAACACACAGUCUGUGUCUACCGGUCUCUGCCAGUGGCAGCGUCCGCUACAAAGCCUUCUGAUGUCAGAGGAAACUAUUUAAUUAGUUUGACUAAAGCCAGCUGUUGGUAUUGGUCUAAAGCAUUACAUGAUGUCGUCAUUACAUCAUUAUCAUCCUUCAUGCUUUGGUAUGAAAGGGAAUACACCUAGCCUGAAUACACUGUGUCUUUAACUUUGUAUUAUACAUUUGAAACAAAAGAUGAAAUUUACUGUCAGUGUCAAGUGUCCAUGUAAUUCCCUCUGUAAUACACAAAUAAAGGAGCCUGAAGCCUUUAGGACCAGCCUGCAUUGUAAGCGGCUGUGACCUUUGACCUGCCGGACCGUCACCGUGACCUCUGCCUCCGCAGGAGGAAUGCUUCAUUGGUGUCGACCUCUGUCCCGUUCUUCAGUCCCAGAGUUAAAAAUUGAGAUACGACCCAGUCAGUGACUGUGACUUCAGCAGAUAAGCGCUGCUCUAUCAGCUGAAAGCCUGAUCCACUGAAGCAUGGCUCUCCUUCAAAACUGCCUGCAUGACUAGGCUUGCCACCCGUCCUGAAUUCUCAGGGACUGUCCCGGAUUUUUGUUGUCUGUUCUGGAAAGAAAUUAUGAAACGAAAUGUCCCGGAAUCUAAGUCUUUUCGAGUAUUGCGUACAUUAGUAUUGCUUAAUGAAAUGUAGACAGCGUAUCCAGUGUUCGUUCCUGAAUGUAAUGUAACAAAUGGUGCAGAGACGUUAUUAACCUUCACAAAUUACACUCUUUAUUUUUGUAAUGAAAGAGGAAUUGGCACCAAGCACAAUUGGCACCACAUUCCUUCAGGCUCAAGCACCCUCGAGAGUGAUUGACAGUCCGGCUUACUCAGUUUGCCAGCUUUGUAUGUUUCCUGGAUUUUUGCACGACUGAGGUGGCAACCCUAUGCAUGACUACAGCACCAGCCGGUCAGCAUGUGCCCUUUCGCCAGCGACUCAAAAGCAACACAAGGAGAGCAUGUGAUCUUAUCACAAGGCCUUUAUAAGGAGCCUAGACCAGGGGCCUGUAUCAAGAAGCAGGAUUAUUGAGUUAGCUGGAUAACUGGAAUCUGGAAUCUGGAAUCUGGAACGUGAGCUGAUAUCAAAAUAAAUGUUCCGGGUUUUACUCUGUGCAGUUAUUCAGCUAGCUCAGUAAACUUGCUUUGUGAUAAAAAUAAAUAAAAAUGCAGUAUGGUGGCCUGGUCUCUAGAUUUCAGAGACGCUGGCUGACGUUUUCAGGUAGUCCGGGUCCUGAAAGAUCAAACUGCUCUUCUUGAAAUGCUCUUGAGUCUGGCCCACUGUCAGUGUUUGAGGCAUUAUAAUACUUAAACAUCCAGCUACCCGUUAAUUAACAUUCAGCUGCCUACUUAACUGGUUCAGGUGAUGUGGAACUUUAUAUAAUAUAUAUAUAUUGUUAUACUCAUUAUACUCAAAAUGCCAACUUCAUUAAUAUUUCUAUGGAACCAACCAAAAUUAUACAUUUAUUUAAUAAGAAACGGAUUUCACCAGAAUCAAGGUUUUC